AAAUAAUAAUAAAAAUCCUGAAAAUCAUUGUUAUGAAUAUUUCGUAUUAAAAAUAAAAAUCCACGUGGAAAUUAACCACUCAAGCAGAGUGGCUAAGAGCGUUUUGUUAUUCAAUCUUUGACUUGGAGCACGCAAAUUAUCUGACAGGACAGUCCUAGGUUGCCGCACACGCCGCAUUUUAUUAUUUAUUUUGGAUCGCGAUUGGAAAUUCUGUGGACGCGAGGUGCGAGGUGAAGGCCGUCGUGAUAAGCUCUGUGAAAAACGCUGUUACAUAAAAAAAAUGCACUCGCAAAUCUACAAACGAUUGUUUGUUAGGCAGAAGGACGGCGAGUACGUCUUUGAUUGGGAGUGGCUACAAAACAUGUUCAUAAUAAAAUAAUCGAAAGAUUUCCAAGCACCGCAGAAGACCUUGACUUUGAAGAGCGAAAAGUUGAUAAACCGGUGGAAAGCAGAAUGGAAACCCCCGUGCAUUUAAUCUCUUAAACACAAUUAAGAUAAUUCACAGAUAAUUAAAUUUUCAUGAUUUACAUUAUUGCAGAUCAUAUUCUUUUUAAAUAAAUUUAGUUUCAUAUAUGUAAUAAAUCAAUAAAUGUACGCAUAUAAUAAAUAAUUUCAGUGCUUCCACUUAUUUCAUACAGCAAUAUCAAGCAAUAUAAGAGGAAAAUUUCAGUCAAUAAAAAUAUUUUUAAACAAAAAAUCUAGUGAUUUUGAGACAAAAUUUUAAAAUAAUACCCAAGCCAAUAUAUCUCAAUAUAGUUGGAUAAAAAUCAUUACUAAUUUAUUUCACCGCGCAAUAGCAACAUGAAAGCACUAAAUAAAUUAUAGAUUGUUACUAUUUUCUUAUUGCAACAAUUUUCACUCAAUCAUGAAAAUAGGCAACCUGCUCUGCGUGAAUGUGACGCAAGUUGCGGGCAUUGAAAUCUACAGGGGCUCUUUCAAAUCUCUCAGAAACGAACUGCAUGUGAGUGCUAAACCUCUAUUUAAUAAAAAUGUACAUCACUUUGCCACUGCAAAAUUUUCCAUAGAUCGGAUGAUGGCAACCAGCACGGAGUUGCCUCAAGCCGCGAGCAAAUUCAGUCGUUGAGUUUAUACCACGUGGUCGCGCAACCAUUUAUAUGAGAGAUACUAAAUAUGAAAAAUAAUAUUGCUUAACGUAUUGUCUUAUUGAAUCUCUUGACUUAAAAAUGCGAUAAAAGUGUUAAAAAGCAGGUUGCAUAGUUGGGUGCGCUCAAGAAUUUUGCGCUCGCGCUCAAGGUUUUGAAAAUGUUUGCGCUCACACUCUGCAAUCGGAAAUUUUUUUCUACCAUUUCUAGAAUUUUCCGGGCAUUUAUGGGAAAAAAUUCCAGAAAUUAAUUUAAAAACAGUGUCAAUCAAUAUUAAAUUUUGUAUAUGUAUUAUAAAUUUGCCGUUUUUUAUUAACCUUCAAAUUUUUGGGCAGAUUUUUUUUCGCUGAAUUUGCAAGUUUUGACCGCUCUGCUGAGGCAAAUGAGCCAGGUUGUGAUAAACGUCAGUGGAGUGACGUGUAGUUUUGAAAUUCCAUUAUUUUGUGAAAGAGGAAAUGGAGAAUUAUUUGUCUCGGUGGCGAUAAUAAAUUUUAAUUACAAUGCAAGUUGGAAGUUAGGAAACGGUAUGACGUGUUUGGUGUUGUAACUGCCACAUAUUAAAAAAAAUAAUAAUAAUAUAAUUGGAACAGGUGUCGAUUGCUCUGGGUGCCAACAGUCAUUUGAUGCAGUAAGCUGUGAUGAGGCUUCAAGAAUGUUCGGUUAUUUUCCUCGCGGCAGUUUGCGUUGUCUACCCUGCUAUUUUGAGGAUACAUUUGAAACGACGCCGAUUCCAGAUUAUCAAAUGCUGUGGGACGAAAAAAUGUUCUUCGACAGCAAAACGGAACACUGUGAAUAAUACAAUUGAAUCGGCCAUGACUACUUUCCAUGAUGCUUUGACAAAAAAUCCCCCUUUAACAUUGGAGAUCACGGUUGCAGGAAAAACACUUCAGACAGGAGAAAUCAUUAAAGAGUCAAUAUAUCCGACCGAAGUUGAAACCACUACAAACGAAAUGAUUGAAACGUCAACGGCGAAUGAAACACAAAUUUACCCUACCUCGCAAUCUCUGACUUCCAAUUCCUUGGCUUUGAAGUCAUCAACCUCCGAUUCCUUAGCCUUAAAGACUUCAAUAUCUGAAUCUUCCGCUUUUAAAUUUUCAACUUCCAAGCCGUUGAUUUCCCAGUCAUCAAGCUUCGAGUCAACGAUCUUGUUAGAAACAUCAACCAAUUCUACUUCUUCAACAACAACAACAACAACACAACCUACUUGUGUUCAAAGCCAAAUUUGCCCAGCGUACCGCAGUGCCACAUUUGAUAUUACAAAAAACUCAACUGUAAAAGUUAGUGGAUCUUAUAUGAUGGUGGGCGCAAGGAUGCUUUUUAAAUCAAAAGAAUCGUUUGAUACAUUGACGGCCUUUCAAAGUUGCUUGAGACUAGACAUGGUUCUAUUGGCAGUUGAAACACUUCUGGAACUUUUAGCAAUAGAAAAGACCAUCUGGUCCAUUGACAGUACGUCUGCAAAACGAUAUUGGACAUCGGGAGAUUUUUGUUCUGAUUACAACUGGUGCUCGUCAAAUUUGACAAAAGUCCAAGAAGUUUUGGUUCCUGAAUAUUGGCAGGGAUCAACAAUACCUCAGAUUUCAGCAAAUCGCUGCGUCACACUGGAAUACUUCAACAAAAAAGCAGGACUGUCGAUUUCCUCGUGCAAUGACACAUUUCCAUUCAUGUGUGAGCCAAAGUGCAGUUCUCCAACAUGCCCAGAUUCUUGUCAAGCAAAUACAUCGCUUUUCGAAAAUAGCACCCUAAAGAAACCGGAGCAACAUGGUUAUUGGGCCAGCACUUGCGGCAGCGUGUACUUAUUCACCAAAUAUUUGGGAAAUUGGAGCGAGAGCCAUGCAAAGUGCUGCAGUUUAGGCAUGACCACUAUCGCACUAGAGACAAUGGACGAAUUAAAUUGCCUUAGCAACUUUACCAGCAGUUCGAAAAUAAACAAUUCAAACAAAUGCAAUAAAAAUGUUAUGUUUACAAAAGAAAAUUGGGGCUACAAUUUCAACUACUGGACGGCAGGGACAAGUGCGGGAUGCAAAGGACAGUGGGCUUGGUGCUCAAGUACAAUUUCUGUUCCGAUGAUGGGAAAUAUGACCUGGGCCAGCAAUCAGCCAGACAAUGCUGACGGGAACGAGAAAUGCAUGCAUAUGAAAUUAUUGCAAAACAAUACAGGCAUAGUGGUAUCAGACAGGAAUUGCUCAAAAUUAUUUGUCAUUGCGUGUGAGCAAAUGCACCCUAUCCUCUGUGGAAUAGCAAGCUGUCCCAAUCAGACGUGUGCCUUAAAUAAUUCCCUACUUGACGCAAACAAUACUUUGAAGGAUUACUUUAGUUAUGGAUCAUGGAUAAACCACUGCGGAAGGACUUUUCUUUUCUCAGCAAAUAAAGUCAAUUUUAUAGAUUUGAGGCCAAAAAUGAGCAUACAAUAUAUUUUAAUAAUUAUUCCGCAGGCAACCUGGAAAGAAGCUGAUCGUAUUUGUUGCAGUAUAGGAAUGACGCUGCUAUCAGUGGAAUAUUUGGCAAAACAUACCUGCUUGGUGACAAAAUCACAAAAUUACCAAAAUAUUUUUUCGACCGGAGGAGUCUACUGGACCUCUGGCACGGACUCCGAAUGUGAUGGAAAAUACCGAUGGUGCAGGGCUGGUAGAAAUUUUAUACCUUCAGAAGUGAAUUGGGCCCCUGGAGAGCCAAACUUGGUAAAUGGCGAUUGCGUGGUGGUCAAGUUUUUAAACGGGACAUCAAAUUUGACCAUGUACUCAACUGCUCCCUGCACAGAAAUGAAAAAUUUUGUUUGCGAGGUUAGAAAUAAGGAUUACAUUAGUCAUGGUGUACAAAAGGAGUGCGCUGAAGUUUGGAACAUUUCUGCCAGUGACAUUAUAUCAAUUGAAAAAGCAUUCAAUGCUACAAAUAUAUCACCAUCAUUAAAAUGCUUCAUAAAAUGUAUGGGAGAAUCCAUGGACUUGUUUCUUGAAGGCGAUAUGCUCAGUAAAGUUUUGAGACUUAUUGAAGAACUUGCAGCGGCUGACGAAAGUGCACUGGAGGUUGGGUUUCAAGCGUACAACGGUUGCAACGGAAAAACUUACAAUGACGAGUGCGAGGCUGCGGCUGCGCUUUAUCAAUGUGGUCUUGAUACAGCGCCAGCUUUAACAAACAGCGUAUUCGCAAGUGCAAAAGGAAACAAUACACUAUAUUCGCCACCCGUACCGUGCAUUAGUACUUACUCUAGAAGAUGCCAAUUAAGAGGUCAUCCAUGCAUCCUAAAUUCAACAGCUCGCGCAGAAAUGCUAGUGAAAAAUUCAACUUCCUUUGGAUCUUACAAAAUUGACAGCACGAGUAAAAGUUACUUCUUUGGAGAAUUAGCAGUCAAUUCCUUCAUCAACUCUUACAACGCAUGCUGUUCAAUUGGAAUGAUGAUGGCUGAAUUUCCCAGCUUAGCUGCUCUCCAGGCCAUGGUGCCACUCUUAAAAUCUGCAGAUCCAGGUAGCGUCUAUAAUUUUGCCGAGGUAUUUGCAAAUGGAGAUGGAACAGACAGUUGGUGCGGAAGCGGAAAUUUGGUACCAAAGGAGCUCUAUUCAACAUAUACACCAACAAUAUGCAAUUUUGACUCCUGUCCCGUCCUGACCAAUGGCGCGUACACUAUUGCAGGCCCGUGCGCUAUAGAUGUAAACAGAGCGUGGGGAUUCAUUUGUUACUAGAAAUUUUAUUCGCUUUAUAAUGCACCAUAAUUUUUCCCAUUUAUAAAAAAAAUAAGCGUAAUAAAUAAAUUCGUACAAUGACCGCUCCAUAUGGCCAAAAAUGUAUGGAUUGUUAUUGCAUCGGUGAUAUUUUCCUUCGUUGGCACCACAAAAACCUCAAUUUGAUGGCAUAAUAAUAAUAUUAAA